AUGGGUUUCAAUUUUCCCAGAACUGUUCGGAUUUCUGUAACUGAUCCCGAUGCAACUGAUUCAUCUAGUGACGAUGAGGACGAGCUCUUUCGGAGGCAACGAAUGAAGAAGUACAUCAACGAAAUCAGAAUCGAAACUGCUGCCAAAACCACUGUCAAUGCCGUUAAUGGAAACGAAAGGUGUAAGAAGAGAAAUGACGGUGUUCUACAGGCGAAGCCGAAGCCGAUGAAGGCGAAAGAGGUGGCUCAGCCCGCGGCAAAUGGUGGAGUUCGAAAAUUCAGGGGUGUUCGGCAGAGGCCGUGGGGUAAAUGGGCGGCAGAGAUCAGAGACCCCAGCCGGAGAGUCAGACUCUGGUUGGGUACUUACGACACCGCGGAGGAGGCUGCUAUGGUUUAUGACAACGCUGCUAUAAAACUCCGGGGGCCGGAUGCUCUAACGAACUUUGUAAAUCCUCCGACCAAGGAUAAGCCGGAGAUGAACGAUGCUUCAGUUUCCGGCUACGAGUCUGGCGAUGAGUCUCGAAAUCUUUUAUCUCCGACGUCUGUUCUCCGGUACAGGACUAGCCAGUCGAGUGAAAAUGACACCGAUCAACAAUCAGCGUCCGAACUGGUUCAGGAAGUGGGCAAAGAUGCUGAACCGAGUGCUUCGGUCGGCAUACCGGACCAGAACCAAACGGUUAAUGGAACUGAUUCAAGUCAAGGUCCGGUUCAGGAGGUUCAAGAGUGUCAAGGGGAGACAAGUAUGGUUCCCGACUACACCAACGACUAUUUACCCAUGGAUAUUCCGUUCCUAGACGACUUCUUUAAUUUCCAACCUCAAGAACAAACAUUAUUGAACUAUGCUCAAAAUUUGGCUGAGGAUUUCAACAUGGCAUUUGAUGACAUUCCAGCAUUCAUGGAUAUUUCACAAGACUCUGAAAAUUUUAAUUAUAAUGAUUCGUUUCAGGAUCUCAAUUCAAUAGAAGUCGAUGACUAUUUCGUUGACAUUGGCGACUUUGCUAGUGCAGAAGCACUUCUAUCAAUAUGA